GAGAGGGAGGGGUUGGAGAAGAGUGAGAGAGGCAGAGAGAAGCAAAGACCCAAAAGUCGUGACUUGACAAAAGAGGGCAGGUACCAGAGGCAGGACGAUGAAGGCUGGCGCGGGACUUUUCUCUGCAUUGGCGCUCUUCCUCCUGAUGGAGGCAGUGUUCACCCAGAGACCUCGGCCAAGGAAGCCCACCAGGCGCCCAGCCACUGUCAAGAAGCCUUCUGUCCCCCGGCCUGCUGUACCAAUACAGCCAGAGCCCCAGGAGCCCACGGACUUCCCCCCACCCAUCCUAGGACCACCCUCCGUCUUUCAUGACUGCCCCCGAGAGUGUUUGUGCACCCCUGACUAUCCCAAUUCUCUCAACUGUGAGAACCGGAACAUCCGUGCAGUCCCUGUCAUCCCUUUCAGAACCCAUUACUUGUACCUGCAGAACAACUACAUCUCUGAGGUCACAGCUGAACCAUUCGUCAACGCCACUGAGGUCCGCUGGGUCAACUUGGCAAACAACCGCAUUCAUCGAAUAGACAAUCAGGUGUUUGAGAAGAUCCCGGCACUGCUCUACCUCUAUGCACACCGUAACCAGCUAAAAGAGGUCCCUUCAGGUCUUCCAGCAAGUCUAGAACAGCUCCGCCUCAGUAGAAAUCAUAUUUCUAAGAUCCCUGCUGGUGCCUUCAAGAACAUGGGGAACCUGACUCUGCUCGACCUGUACCACAACCAGCUGAGUGACAGUGACCUGGCAAGAGGCACAUUCAAGGACCUGAAGAACCUUGUGCAGCUCAAUCUGGCACACAACACCCUGAAAAAGAUGCCUGAUGGGGUACCUAGUGGCCUCAUUCAGCUUUUCCUGGACAGGAACCGUAUAGAUGACAUCCCAAAAGAUUACUUCAAAGACUUCACUCACCUGGCAUUUGUGAGGCUCAACUACAACCAGCUCAGUGAUAAAGGAGUUCCAAAAGCUGUCUUCAACAUUUCCACCCUGCUGGACCUGCAGCUGUCCCACAACCAGCUCACUUCUGUUCCUCUGUUCAGCAGUCACCUGGAGCACCUGCACCUCAACCACAACGACAUCAACAGCAUCAAUGGCACCCUGAUCUGCCCAUACAGUCUGCAGGCUCUCGGUGACCUCAGUGAUUUCAGCUUGGGGCCCAGACUAAGGUACCUGCGUUUGGACGGGAAUCAUCUGAACCCCCCCAUCCCUCUGGAUGUCAUCUUGUGCUUCAGACAUCUCCGCUCCAUUGUCUUUUAGACAGUGCCACCAAGUCCGGGGGCAUGAGCACUCACUCACUCACUCACUCACACACACACACACAAACUAAAUUCAACAGCAUGCUCAGUGAACCACAAUGUAUCUGCCCAUAGAUACUGUGGAAAUGAAAGACAGAUUCCAGGUAAAUGUCACAAACUAUACAUCUUUUAAUGCUCACGCUUUUAAAAUUUGAUGGCAGGUUCAAAACAGUAAACUACAAACUGGAUAUACUGUCAUUUAGGGUUAGGCUUUUGUAGGAGUUACUGUUUAUCACUCAUUUUCUCCUUAUAAAAGUAAAAUAAAAAAAAACUAAAUUGAGUAAAGCUUGAAAAUGCAGACACGUUGACAGACAUGCUACAGAUACGGAGGGUAGUUGUGUUCCUUGCCAGCAACAAACACAUCUGCACUGGAUGUGAGAAGAACUAGUUCAUAACAUAACUACCAUGUAGUUAAACUGUCCUGAAUGAGCCUGUGAUUUUCAAGGUACUCCAUGUAAAAAUGUCAUUUUACUCAUUGUAUUCUUAGCCUUCUGUAUAUUAUACUUCUGUGUAAAGACGCUUUGUACAAAUAAUUAUAAAUAAAGUUUCUUUUGGACAUUUGA